GCCAAGAGCAGACAGAACGCUGAGCCCAGCCGGUGACAACCUGCCGUCCGUUUACUAUCGAAACAAGCAUAAAAAACAAGCGUUUGACCGGGGUGGCGACUGAAGAACGAACAGCCUGACAUUAAAAAAAAGGCGUGAAGACAAAAGGGGAAAAUUGGAUCCCAUUUUCCUGGCUAACGUUGCUCUGACAAGCCACGCGCGCACACCUUUAAAAGACAUCCGGCGUGUAAAGUUGCCGAACUGAUCCUCCGGUCCCUGCCCGGGUUGAGAACACUUCAGUAGAACGUCUGUUUGAAGCUCGACCUGUUCCAGUGCGGAUUUCAGACCUCGUCCCAAGCGGCUCGCUCGGGAUCAACGAUGCCUGUUGGAUGGUAACAUUGCCUGAAGAAAAACUGUCCGUGAACGUACCACAUGCGCGUGGAAGAUAUGGAUUCGCUUUCACUAUAACCAAGAUUUGCCGCGUUUUUUUUAAACACUUGUCUUCCUUUGACAAAAUUACUUUCAUUGUCAUUUUAAAGGACCUCUGGGAUUACUAGACUCCGCUGGGGUUACAAUCAUGAACUUUGUUUUUAGUUUGGUACAAAUUCUUUUGGCAGCGGUUCUUCACCUAUCCACUGUAAAGACUGCCAGCAUUAACAAGGGAGUGGAUAAGAGUAAAAAUGAGGUUAUCCAACUCACAGAGGUCAUCAAUAAGAGUCGGUGCCAGCCAAGAGAGGUGCUUGUGGAUAUCUCCCAGGAGUAUCCAGAAGACACGGAACACACCUACAUACCUUCCUGCGUGGUCCUCACGAGGUGCGGAGGCUGCUGCAUUGAUGAGGCGAUGGAGUGCGUACCAACUGAAACCCGCAAUGUUACACUACAGGUGAUGCAGUUGAGAACAAUGGUAAUACAACAUAAAAUACAGUUGAGCUUCACAGAGCAUCAAACGUGUGAUUGCAGGUUAAAGCCUGAAGUUCAAGCAAAGAAAGAAUACCACUGUGCGCCUUGUUCAGAGAGAAGAAAGCGCUUGUUUGUGCAGGACCCUCUCACCUGUAAAUGCUCCUGCAAAUUCACACAAUUAGACUGCAAGUCCAGGCAGCUUGAGUUAAACGAAAGAACUUGCAGAUGUGACAAACCAAGGAGAUGAGACCAGGAGACGCAGACACUGUUAUAACACUGUUAUGAAGGAAUUAUUUUUUGGCACAGCACUUUGAAAUCUGAGGAUGCAUUCCCCCCCGCCCCCUGCAAGACACUCGAUGACAAUGCAAGACCGGACAUUCUGGAUGCUGAUCACUAUGCUGAACACUAUUCAUAUAUAUGUGUACAUAUACUCUUUAAGUACGCCAACAAUUUUUUGUAUUGCUGCUACUAUUUAAAACUGAACGACUGCGCUGCCGCGUGGGAAAUGGGGGGAAAAGUAUCGAAGAGUGCGGAAGUUUGCGCAAAGGAUACAAUUGAGGAGAAGCUAUUUUAUUUGAUGUUAACACUUCACUGGAUGCUUGUCUGCUGUGGAUAUGAACCUGACGUAUGCCUCACUUUAAGGAAUAAUCGGUGACUGCGAUCGAACCCGCGAAUGCAGCCGAGCCGAACUGAAGAGCCUGAAUGGGGACCGGAGGACGAUAAGGAUAAGAAAACCUGCAGCACUUGAACUGUUAUAUGGCAGGUUGACAAGUUGCGAAGUGACUACACUUAAUGUGAGAACUACAAAAAUCUGACACAACUGCUGACACAGGUUACGUGUUGUGGUGACGAAUAAUGGUGACCUGCUUCCCAAAAUGGAAGUUCAGUGACGAUGGCAAGAACCAAAACAAAAUUUUGCCAAUAUUUACAAUUGCUAAAGAUUCGGGCUUAUCUCCAUAUUUUAAAGUCAGGGUUAAAGGUAUCGAACCACUACUUGUUUUUGGUCCUGCCUUCAUCACACCACUUUUCCUGCGUUUUUUUUUUUUUUUUUUUGUGCACAGAGUUUAUUUGUAUUUUUUAAAUAUUGUGUUAAUUUUGACUAAAUGUCUUGAGACCAGGUGAAAGGGAUGUUGUUGUAGGUAUGUAUGACAAUUGAGUAGCGACUCAAAAAAAAAAAAAAAACUCAAACCGUUUUAUAUGAAUGGCUUUGUUUGUGUUCCAAAGAAACAUUCAUGCUUCCACAACAGAGCAAUUCAUUAACGGUUUGUAUGUACUUACUUGAUAUCCCUUUUGUCAAAUAGAUUACAUUUAAUUUAUAGAACGUGUUCAGUAUUCACUAUUAUAAUAUUUAUAUGCAGUGUUACAAUGUUUUUUUUUUUUUUUUUUUUCGUUUUUUUUUUUUGGCCCUCAAUUUCAAUGUGGUUUGAGAUUGAACAUUUUUGACUGUGGAUGCCUUUUUGUGGGCGAAAAGGACUGAAAACAACGCUUUGACAUUCCUGAUUUGAGCUAAAGCUGUGUUACUUACCAGCCGGAGAGGGAAGGGAGGGGGGGGGUCACGGGUGGGCAUGUCGACCAAGAGAAAAACCCCAGUCAUUAACAUGUGCGAAUGAUGCACCAGAACAGGUGCUUUUCAUUUUGGACCCGGGCAUGUGGUUUUGCACUCGUUUGCCCGCAGACACGUCAUAAGCAGGACGGAAGGAGUCUCGCUGCUGCUGCUGCUGCUGCUGCUGCUGCUGCUGCUGCUCAGCUCGGACCUAAUUUAGUGAGGACUGUCCAAUCAGAUUGAGGUCUCUAGUAUGAGGGCGGUGAAUUGGCACUGUACUUACUCUGGCUUCUCUGACAAACACUAUUGUGAAGGCUGAGUUUUUUUUUGCAUUGGAUUUUAAAUCAGGAGGCACAAUGAAUCAGAUCUACAGAAGCUCCAAAUAGGAACACUUAAUCUCAAAGACAAGUAUUGCAGAUUUAUUCUUUAAAAAAUCUCAAAGCUGCAGAAAUACAUACAAUUUCCCACAACGUUAUGCCGAUUGUUCUUUAUCAGUCAUGUGAGCCAGCAGUAAAUCCUGAUAUUACAACCCCUCCCCUCACACUAAAGUCCUGAGAGUGAGUUCACUAAAAGACAAGACAGCCGGGUCUCGCCUACGCCUCUUAAAGUCCUCAUUUGAUGAGAACAUUCUCUUUGUAUUUAAAUGACAAAAUUGUUGUUGACUUUGUACAGCCACAAAAAAAUUUUGUAGUUUAUUUUUCACAUUAAUAUAUUUAUUUCUGCUGUAUAUUCUUUUACAAUAUUAAUAGUUAUUUUGUUGU